AUGCCCAACCUCGAAAAUAUGCCCCAUCAUACCCUUAAUCCGCACAAGUUAACUCGCAGGUUGAUCACAGACGAUGGUCGAAUUGUACCAGAUGUUCAAGGCUUUGGUGGUGCAACAACCCUAGCCUUCUUCAUCACAAUCGUCGUCCUCUCAAUCUUCCUCUACUUCUACCUCUCCCCUAUCCUUCGAAACCGUCGCCUCCUCGCGCCCUUCUUCCGGAGGCUGACAUCUGUAGAACUGGACCCAGAGCUUCGCGAACGGCGCUCCCUCGUCCACUGGAUGCGUGGUUCUAAUGGCCGAUUCAUCGACACUGAGGGGAACAACGCCCCAACCGCUAUCUCCUCCUUCUUCCGCCUCUUCGCACCGAGUUCCACGUACCGCACUGUGGGCGACAACACCAAACUAGCGCAACUCCCACAAGCAUACACAUCCCAACCCAAUUCACCUACUCCACAAUACGCCCUAUCGUUACCACCAAACAAGUCCUCGUCGAAGUACAGCAUCCCCAUACACGUCCCAGGCCAACAACAAUUAUCCGUCCCCACCAUGUCCCCUCGCCGUCCGGCUGCUUCGCCCACUUACGCCUUGCCUCCUUCCUUACACCCGCCCACGAAGGUGCCGCUCCUGCCUGGCGCUGGGCUGGGUCUGGAUCCGGGAACCAUCGUCCGCCCCUGCUCCGCUCCUCGCUCCGUGUCAACCAAUAGCAUCCUCCACCCCCCUGCGCCGUUCCUUCCCACCCCCUCCCAAGCUGUAGUAUGUGAGAGCGACUCGGCAGCGGCGUUGGGACCUAUGCGAAGGAUCUUUUCUGUUGAAAGGCAAGCCGGAGAUUCGACUGGCACGGGUUUGAGUGGGAGUGAAGAAUCGGAUUCGUUAUUCACUUCCAGAGAUGGGGACUCACAAGUUCCUGGGAUCUACGCUACGGGCUCAUGCAUAUGGGAGGAGCAGACGACCAAAGGAGUUUCUGCUACGGAAUCUAGGUCUCUGAUUGAGGAUUCCCUGUUCACCUCUGGGGGAGAUACACUUGCGUCGCCUGUUGUUUCCUGGGAAGAAGAGAUAUCGCAUGUCAUGUCCAAGAUUGGGCAGAUUUAG